CGCAGGCGCAGUGAAGACUCGCGGCAAAUAUGGCGGGCCCGGCGCCGGGUACAAUUAUGGCAGAAGACUACUUCGGGAAUGCGCCGGAGUGGGGCGAAGAGACAGACGGCGGCCAGCAGCAGGAAGAUGAUUCUGGAGGAGAGGAUGAUGCUGAGGUGCAGCAGGAGUGUCUGCAUAAAUUUUCCACCCGGGACUACAUCAUGGAGCCCUCCAUCUUCAACACUCUGAAGAGGUAUUUCCAGGCAGGAGGGUCUCCAGAAAAUGUCAUCCAGCUCUUGUCUGAGAACUAUACAGCGGUGGCCCAGACUGUGAACCUGCUGGCUGAGUGGCUCAUUCAGACAGGUGUUGAACCAGUGCAGGUACAGGAGACCGUGGAAAACCACCUCAAGAGUUUACUGAUCAAGCAUUUUGACCCUCGGAAAGCAGAUUCUAUUUUCACUGAAGAAGGAGAGACCCCAGCGUGGCUUGAGCAGAUGAUCGCACACACCACGUGGAGAGAUCUGUUUUAUAAGCUGGCUGAGGCCCAUCCUGACUGUUUGAUGCUCAACUUCACUGUGAAGCUCAUUUCUGAUGCGGGGUACCAAGGGGAGAUCACCAGCGUGUCCACAGCCUGCCAGCAGUUGGAAGUGUUCUCCAGAGUGCUUCGGACCUCUCUAGCCACAAUCUUGGAUGGAGGAGAGGAAAACCUUGAGAAAAAUCUUCCUGAGUUUGCAAAGAUGGUGUGUCAUGGGGAGCAUACAUACCUGUUUGCACAGGCCAUGAUGUCCGUGCUGGCCCAGGAGGAACAGGGUGGCUCUGCGGUGCGCAGGGUCGCUCAAGAAGUCCAGCGCUUCGCCCAGGAGAAAGGCCAUGAUGCCAGUCAGAUCACGUUGGCCUUGGGCACAGCUGCCUCCUACCCUCGGGCCUGCCAAGCUCUCGGCGCCAUGCUGUCCAGAGGAGCCCUGAAUCCUGCAGAUAUCACAGUCUUGUUCAAGAUGUUCACCAGCAUGGACCCUCCUCCUGUGGAGCUCAUCCGAGUGCCUGCCUUCCUGGACCUGUUCAUGCAGUCACUCUUCAAGCCAGGGGCCAAGAUCAACCAGGACCACAAGCACAAGUACAUCCACAUCCUGGCUUAUGCCGCUAGUGUGGUUGAGACCUGGAAGAAGAACAAGCGGGUUAGCAUCGGCAAAGACGAGCUGAAGUCCACGUCGAAGGCCAUAGAAACUGUCCACAAUCUGUGUUGUAAUGAGAACAAAGGGGCCUCAGAGCUGGUAGCUGAGCUGAGUACACUCUACCAGUGCAUUAGGUUUCCUGUAGUGGCGAUGGGUGUCCUGAAGUGGGUAGACUGGACCGUGUCAGAGCCAAGGUACUUCCAGCUACAGACUGAUCACACACCAGUUCACCUGGCUUUGCUGGACGAGAUCAGCACCUGCCACCAGCUCCUGCACCCCCAGGUUCUGCAGCUGCUUGUUAAGCUUUUUGAGACUGAACACUCACAGCUGGACGUGAUGGAGCAGCUCGAGUUGAAAAAGACCCUGCUGGACAGGAUGGUUCAUCUGCUAAGCCGUGGCUAUGUGCUUCCUGUGGUCAGUUACAUCCGCAAAUGUCUGGAGAAGCUGGACACCGACAUCUCACUCAUUCGCUACUUCGUCACUGAGGUUUUGGACGUCAUCGCCCCGCCAUAUACCUCGGACUUUGUGCAGCUUUUCCUCCCAAUCUUGGAAAAUGACAGCAUUGCGGGCACCAUCAAAGCAGAGGGCGAACACGACCCUGUGACAGAGUUCAUCGCUCAUUGCAAGUCCAACUUCAUCGUGGUGAACUGAGAGCAUCCAGAGCUGAAGCAGAACCUGCUGGGCCCUGCUAAGGAGGACCAGAGAACUGGGUCAGGAUGCUGCUUGUCAAGAGGCUCAACCAGCCUCCCGGAAGGAAGCAGGGUGUGCUGGGAGGG